UCCAUUUCUCUCUCUCUCUCCUCUCUUUUUAUAUUUCCAAUUUUGCGUUACCAUAUAUUCCACGACAACCGUGGGGUUCACCCCUAAAACAUACUACCCGACAAAUAUAUAUCAAAUACUUUUAUUUAUCAUCAUCAUUAUUCAUAAAACAUGGUUGGUCCAUGUUCUUCUUGUGGCCCUUACAAUCAAUACUGCGGCCACCACUCCGCCGCCGCAUAUUGGCCUACUACGCAACCACAGCAGUACCCUCAUAACUACCAUAACUCUGUUUCUUAUGACGAUGAUGAGGUUGAUUAUAUGUACUCUUCGUCUUCUUCGUCGUCGUCGUAUUCUUCUGUUGAUUGUACUCUUUCCCUUGGUACUCCUUCCACUAGACUUACUAAUGAUAAUAAUACUACUACUAAUAAUAGUAAUAAACCUACUCCUACUCAUCGUAAUAGUGUGUCUUCUUUUUGCUGGGAUUUGCUUCAUCCUAAUAAGCAAUCUUCUAGCUCUACUCCUAAGCCUAGCCGUAGUAACAACCAUCCCGCUGCUAAUAGUGGUGGUGAUCCUCUCUUUGUUCGCCGCUGCGCUAACUGUGAUACCACCUCCACUCCUCUUUGGAGAAAUGGUCCUCGUGGCCCUAAGUCACUAUGCAACGCAUGUGGAAUAAGGUUCAAGAAAGAAGAGAGAAGAGCAGCCGCAGCUACAACUACUGCAACAGCUAAUAAUGGAGCGGGAUCAGGAAUGAUGGACCCACAUCACGGGUACUAUAACGGAUCAUGGGCCCACCAGUAUACUCCGGCGGCCCCACAGAAGAUGCAAUGUUACGGAACUCCGAGUGAGUUCCGGUUCAUUGAAGAUGACCGUGGGUCCGACGGCGGUAUUCAGUUUCUCUCUUGGCUGACCCAUGACAGACCUAGUGGUCUUGUUCAUGACUUCACUAGGUGAAUCAAUUAAGUGACGUAUUACGUGGCUUACUAUUUACAAAUUACAAUCAUCCAUAUCAGAAAAAAAGAAAAAGAAACAAAAAUGUUAAUCAUAGUAAGUAUUGAAGUAGUAUGAUCUGAUCUUGCCAAUGAUCUCGGAAAAAGGAAGAGGCCAUGCAAUGACGACGACGUUUCAUGGAACAAAUGAGUUUUUGUUGGUGAUCAUUCAUGAUAGUGAUGGUUACGAUUCUCCAAGCACUAUGGUCAAGGUCUCCAAUUACUCCCUUUUCCUUUUUAUUUUAUUUUAUUUUUUCCAAAAAAAAAAAAAAAAGAAAAUUCAAUUGUGGACUACCCUUUAAAAUUCCACUUUUUUUUUUUUUUAAGCCUAGGUAGAGUGCAAAUGGGAUAAUUCUAUGUUGUUAGCUAGAUCUUCACUUAACUUUCUUUUUGAGUCUUCUCUUUCUUUUUUGUUUUCCCCUUUUGUCAGUAGUCUUAUAUAAAUAUUUAUAUAUAUAUAUAUAUAACCCUUCUUACCUUUUGUUA